CCGGUCAGGAGAUGCCGUCACCUCUGACGGACUUCCCCGGCCACCUACUGGCCGAGAUCUUCCUCCGGCUGCCCGACCCGGGUCACCCGGCUGACCUCGCCCGCGCCUCCGCGGCCUGCGUCACCUUCCGCCGGCUAGCCACCGACGGCUCCUUCCUCCGUGCCUUCCGCGGCCUCCACGCCCCGCUCCACCUCGUGCUCCUCAACCUCGGCGGGUUCCACCCAGCCUUCCCGCCUCACCCCUCCGCGCCCACCGCCCGCGCGCUCGCCCUCGUCGCCGACUUCAAGUUCUCCUUCCUCCCCUCCCACCGCCAAUGGAUCGUGUGGGACGUCCGCGACGGCCGCGUCCUCCUCUCCCGCAAGAUCGCAGAUGACGGGCAGCCCCGAGUCUUCCCGGAGCUCGCGGUGUGCGACCCCUUGCACCGGCGGUAUGUCCUGCUUCCCCCGGUACCUGACGACCUAGCCGCUUCGGUGGAGCACCGGCUCCCCCAUCCUUUCCUCGCUCCCCUCGGCGAGGAGGAGGAGGCGGCGCCAACAGAAGAGACGGCAUUCAGGGUGAUCUGUUUGGCACUUGGCAAAACUAAGCUGGCAGCCUUCGCCUUCUCUUCAAGCACGGGACAAUGGCGAGAUGCUGCGCAGCCUUCUGAUUUGGGCCUUGGCAUGCGUGACUCAGACAUGAUUUCAUGGAUGAACCCUUUUUACCUCAGGCGCCAUUAUGCUUAUGGCUGCUUCUACUGGGAUUUUCUCGUGGUCAAGCGGAAUCUGUUGCUCGUGCUUGACAUCAGGAGGAUGGAGUUCUCCAUUGCAGAACUCCCACCCGGUGGAUGGUAUAGGGAAGGUGUAGCCAUCGUUGAGGCAGGGGAAGGCAGGCUUGGGAUGUUUGGUCUCAGUGGUGAAAACGAAAUUGCAUCUGAUCUCACUUAUGCCAUUGUGCGAAACAGAGGUGAGAGUCCCAACCAGUGGCUGAUGGAGAAGACAAUCUCACUAGAUUCUGGGUACCACUAUUUUAUCAAAGCUGUAACAGAGAGGUGUUUGCUAUUGAUGAGAACAGAAUCCCUGCCAGGUUCACCUAUAGAGAAGCCACUCCUUGAGUAUUUCACAAUGGACAUCGAGACAUUGCAGCUUCAGAGGGUUUGUGCGAAACGGUUCAAGCUCAGGCUACCCAUGUCAAGCAUAUAUGCCUACUUUUUUCAAACCGGGAUAUAUACCAACUUUCCACCAUCGUUGUUACCUCCACGGACAGUAUGAAGUGGCCUAAGCGCAGCAAAAAAACAUCGUUGCAACCAGAGCGUAUGCAGAACAGAGGACAGGCCGGCGUGUGCAGAGCACUUCCCCUGAAUGCCCAACCAGGAGAAAUACAAAUGCGACUACUGAAAAUGAAUGGAAGACUCAGUGACAGGAGCAGGUCCCGCGAUUAGCUUGGGCCAAUCUGGUAAGCUCCUCAUACCAUACCGUGCUAUGUAGCCCCUGAUUCCUAGCAAUCAAAUCAGAUACUUAAUUUGGUGAACGAUGCUACAAACGACAGGAAAGGAACAAACUCAGUGAUCACUA